AUGUCACAUCCAAUACAAGAUUACUAUUUGUCACCAAAUUUUAAAAAAAGCGCUGAAAAAACGCCUCAAAAGCCACCUCUAUUUCAACAGCGGAUUCGAAGUGUGGAAGCUUCUCCAAAUUUUACGCCUAAUUCAAGCAGUAAAUUAUCUCAAACCAAAGGUAUUUAUAGAACUCCUACAAAUAAAGAUAGGAUAAGACGAAUGCCAGGGAGUUCUCCUAGAAGAAUUAAUGAGGAAACUAAAGAAGAAAGAGAUUUGAAAAUAGAAAAACUUAUAAAAGACCUUGAUGAACAGUCCUUAAAAAUCGAAAAAUUCAACAAAGAUUUACAAAAAUUCGAUAAUUAUUCUGAAGGGAUAGACCAACAAAUCGAUGAAAAAUGAACAGAAAAUAAACAAUUAUCUGAUUUAAUUAAAGCAAAAGAACUAGAAAUUCAAGGCAAAACUUAUGCUAAAAGCCGAGAAUUAACCCAAGAAAUCCAAGAAAAUGACAAGAUAAUGCAAAAUUUAGAGAAGCAAAGAUAUGAGCUGAGGAUAAGAAGCAAAAUUUUAACACAAAAUAAAAAAAAGAAUAAAGAGCUGUUUCAAAUAGCUAAAGAAAAUGAUGAAAUUUUUCGAAAUAAUAUGAUGGUUACGAAACAGAUAGAUGAUUAUAAAAAGCAUGGAAUUAAAAAAGAAGAAUUUUUGGUGCUUCAGGACCAAACAAUGGAAUUAGAAGAAAUACAAAACGAAUUAUACUGAAAAGGACUGAGAUUGGUAUAAAAUUAAAAAAAUCCUUUGCUUUCAGGGUGUUAGGGUGUUAGAAUAAAAACCAUUAAAUUUAUUAUAAAAGAGUAUAAUUUCGCAAAAUUCCCAAUUAAAAGAAGAAAUUGAGCAUGAAGAAGGCUUAAAAGCAAAAAUUGUGGAAGAUUCUAAUAUUAUGAUAAAAAAUAAAGAGGAACUAUACAAAAUUUGAAAUGAAUUGAAAAAAAUCAAGCACCUUGUACAGUGUUAUCAGAAUAGGCAGCCGAUAAAUUUAAUCAAUUUAAUAUGUGAGCGAGAAAUAAAUGAUUCUGGGCUAGAUAUUGAAGACUCUAUCAGCUCGAUUCUAAAAGAACUGCAAAGCUUAAAAGCAAUUGCAAGCGAUUUGUAUGCAGAGCAUUGCGGCAAUAACUGUUUUUCGCAAUAA